CGAAUAUACAAGCGAAAUGGAGACAAGAGUUCAAAGCAGCUGUCGUGGGCUCACGGUUCGAGGUUGGCUGUAGUGAUUCUCUUACGUGGCUCAGCCUCCUCUGCCACUGUUCUCGAAGCCUCGUAAUUCCAGGCUCUGAACGACUCAGCCGCCGCCACAAACCCGAAACAAAACGGAAGCUGGGCGGCACUGGAGCCUCGUCCUGCACCUCGACUUGAUGGGUAUUUCUCCAGGUCCCCUUCCUUUCGUCUUGUGGCCCCCGUCAAUCCAAAAUGGUUGCCCCAGUCUUCGGAUUCUCUGUCGGUGACUUCAUUGCUGGAGGCCAAAUCCUUAUCGAAACCGUAAAAGCUUUCAAAGAAGCGGGUGGCGCUUCAUCAAAAUACGCGUCCGAGCUAUCGUUCCUCAAUAGCCUCAAGUCAACCUUUGAUCACCUGGAAAGAUUCGCGAGCAGCACAAGCUCUCCCCAAAGUAACGACCUGCUGCAGGACAUCUCGAAACUACUUCAAGACAUCCGCGAGCCUUGGCAGGAGUUCAGAACAUUCUUGGAUAAGUACGAACCGUCUUUGGGGGCAUCGUCGAGCAGGUCGAAAGUUGCGAAGGCUCGGAGAACAAUUCAGUAUACAUUGAAAGAUAUCUCGGGAAAGGUGGAAAAACUGCGUCGGCAGACGGAAAACCCCCUGCAAGCGAUCAAUUCUCUUCUCUCACUACACGUCAUACAAUCUCUCGAAGUGCUUCCAGGGCAACUCCUACAACCCGCACAGUGUGCACAGUUGGUGGAAGCUAUCACACUUGGCAUUACAACCGAGCUGGACAAACAGAUCCGUGAGCUGAAACUCGCCGCCGAUGAACAUAAUGUCAAACAAGACGAGCAGCUGCAAAUUGUCACGACACUGCGCACUCAACUAGAGGAAAGUAUCACAGGUGUACAAUCGGUGCUCGACAAAGUCAAAGGCCCAGAUUCUGCUGCCAGCGAACGCCAUAUUGAGCAACUAGAUGCUUCGAGGACUGACCACACACGCGUGGAUAAGCUUUCCGAAGUGUUGGAAAGCAGAGCAGAUGAACUGGAGUCGGCGAUGAAAGACCAGAAGCAACUCAUGCUUGCACUAAAAUCAUUUUUGGAAGACAAAACCUCUAGGGCCGAAUUUGGACUGAAUUCCAGCCAGGAAAGUGUGCAGGAGAGCGAGAAUCAAAAUCCAUGGCCCUCCUCGACGUUGUCCGCGGGGUACUUCGCUGCACUGUUGCUUUCGAGUGUGUUGUCGAGUGUCGCUGUGACUUCGAUAGUGACUCGUAAACAUCAUAACCCCAAGGGAGCAGGAGGACCGGCAUUUGUUCCAGCGGAUCAUAGUCUGCCUGGUCUUGGGAAGCUGGAUAGGAUCCAGGUACAGCCGUCGCUCAUUCAGGGCUUUGAUGAUAUGGGUUUGCCGCCGUCAGCAGUGCAACCCAUGGCCUCCACACAAAUCAAGCCAGCGUGGUCCACGACAGAGACCGUUAUCUCGACUGCAGCAAAAUCGAAAUACACCACCUCGAUGACGGGAUCUUCGUGGGCCCAGGACUUCGCGGGAACGCAGAAUGCAGUGCGGCCGCCAGGAGGACAGAAGUCUAGAAUCGAGGAUUAUGAACCGAGUGGAUACUACUCGGCGAGUUAUGCACGGAGUGAAGGGUUGUCAAAGCUGAACAACCCAAAGUAUGGCGUGGGUUAUAAUAAACCUCAGAGUUAUGGCGUGGGUUAUGAUGAUGAACCUCAGAGUUAUGGCGCGGGUUAUAGUGAACCUCAGAAGAGUUAUAGCGCGGGUUAUAGUGAACCUCAGAGUUGUAGCGCGAGUUAUUAUGAACCUCAGAGUUGUAGCGCGAGUUAUUAUGAACCUCAGAGUUGUAGCGCGAGUUAUUAUGAACCUCAGAAGAGUUAUAGUGCGGGUUAUAGUGAACCUCAGAGUUGUAGCGCGAAUUAUUAUGAACCUCAGAAGAGUUAUAGCGCGGGUUAUUAUGAACCUCAGAGUUAUGGCGGUCCUGGCACCGCGAUUCCAUCUGCCCCUGAUGGAGGGUUUGUCUGGGAUGGUUUUGAUGUUGGGGGAGGAGGCUCCUCGGGCAGCCACCCAAAGAAACCAUCACCUCCACCACAUCUCCCUGUAACGGCUGCGGAGGAUGAUUGAUGAGAGUUGCCAUAAUAGCUCCGGAUUUCUGACCCUAGUCCAUCAUAAUUACUUUUCGAAGUGGGCGGCAUUCGCGUGCAGUUCAGGGGAUUUUAUUGAGAUUAAGAAAGAUGGAAGAAGGAAAGUUGAAGGGGCUUGUUGAAAUUACGGGUCUAUUCUCUUUAACCAGGAAUAUCAGCAACAGAAAGGGGAAAGAGCAGUUAUAUCCACCACCGCCACCCUCCCGCAACAAAAAAGAAGGAAGGCAAAG